CUUUUGGAAAGAAUCUUCCAUUUUUGGUGGGAUUCUCCCACCAGACAAUGGUUUUGUCUUAUGAGCCCCGGACCUGCUGCGUGUCUGCAUCAUCUCCGCAGCUUUGAAUUUAGAAAAUCCUCCCUCUUUCAGAGGUGCCCCUAAGAACAGGAGUGGGCCUUGUCCCUCGCGAGUAGGGCUUAUCAGCGUGUGUUCGCAGCAAGCCUCCCAUCUGAAGCACAGACCGCUGUGCUGUUGUCAGUGUCUUGAAGCUAAUGCAUAUUGAUGAGGAAGGGCUGAGCGCACACGGCUCUCUGCAGAGGGGAGGCAGACGGUUGGGAACAGCCCUAUCUCCAUGCAGGCUCGCUGAUUCCGUUACAUGCUCCCAGGGAUGCUAAGCUGAGCCAGAGACCUUGCGUUUCCCCAGCUGCUCUUGGCUAGCCCCAGCCCACACUCAGGGGCGCGUUUGGCUCUGUCCUUGGAGCGGAGGCGCCGGGGCCCGACUCCGCUUUCCGAGAAGCAGCCUCUGAUCCGUCCCCAUUGUCUGGCGAGCGAUUGCCGGGUCAACGGGGCUGAACGGGACCUCCCAGGCCGGCAAACCAACGCGCAAACGUGGUACUGAAAGCGCCCCCCUCCUCGCCCUGCGCAGAGCCAUUGUGUCGGAGAUAAUCUGAUUUGAAGAUUUCACUUUAGCCAGUCCAAGAUGGAAGCCCCACUGGUGAGUCUGGAUGAGGAGUUUGAGGAUCUGAGACCCUGCUACGUUGAUGACAGAGAAGAAAAACCACAUUGUUUUUACGGCUCAUCCCCUCAGCAUCUGGAAGAUCCCUCCCUUUCUGAGCUUGAGAACUUCUCCUCUGAAAUUAUCAGUUUCAAGUCCAUGGAAGACUUGGUGAACGAAUUUGAUGAGAAGCUGAAUGUCUGCUUUCGGAAUUACAAUGCCAAAACUGAGAACCUGGCUCCUGUAAAAAAUCACUUCCAGAUACAAGAGGAGGAAGAGCAUCUUCAGGAUGAGGAGGUUUGGGAUGCUUUAACGGACAAUUACAUCUCGUCAAUCACUGAGGAUUGGAGGGACCCCGAUAUCGAGGUGUUGAAUGGCAAUAUUUCUGACUCAGAGAUCCACGAGAAGGAGGAGGAAGAGCUCCAUGAGAAAAGUGAAAAUGACUCUGGUAUUAAUGAGGAGCCUCUACUCACAGCAGAUCAGGUAAUUGAAGAAAUUGAGGAGAUGAUGCAGAAUUCCCCAGAUCCUGAAGAGGAAGAGGAGAUCUUGGAGGAAGAUGAUGGAGGAGAAACUUCCUCUCAGGCUGAUUCAGUCCUGUUGCAGGAGAUGCAGAUUUUGACACAAACCUUUAACAACAAUUGGUCCUAUGAAGGUUUGGAACAGAUGUCAGUGUCUGAGUUGGCCGAGCUGCUGGAUCACGUGGAGAGUGCCAUCCGUGACUACUCAGAAGAGCUGGUGCAGCAGCUGGCUCGUCGAGAUGAGCUGGAGUUCGAGAAAGAGGUGAAGAACUCCUUCAUCACAGUGCUGAUCGAGGUCCAGAACAAGCAAAAAGAGCACAGAGAGCUGAUGAAAAGGAGGAGGAAAGAGAAAGGCCUGAGUCUUCAGAGCAGCCGAAUAGAAAGGGGCACCCAAAUGCCUCUCAAGCGAUUCAGUAUGGAAGGAAUCUCUAAUAUCUUGCAGACAGGUAUUCGGCAGACAUUUGGGAACUCAGCAACUGAUAAACAGUAUUUGAACACGGUUAUUCCAUAUGAGAAGAAAGGGUCACCUCCCUCUGUGGAAGAUCUGCAGAUGCUGACAAACAUUCUUUUUGCAAUGAAGGAGGAUAACGAGAAGGUCCCUACAUUGCUAACGGACUACAUUUUAAAAGUGCUCUGCCCUACCUAAUCUGCCUUUGGACCCGCAGUGGAACACAAGACAACAAGGCCAGAGUCAUUCCAUCACAGGGACUGCAUGAUAAACUCCAAAACAUGUAUUUAAAAAUGUAUAGCAUUAACCUGGAUUAAACAUAAGCAAAAACUAUUCCUUUCCUGUUGGCUUCUAGUCCUAGUAAUCAUUGAAUGCAAAAGUGAAGGCAGGUGCUGCUAUUUUCUCUCUUUGCCACCUGACAUAAUGAAGACAGUCCUUCACCACACCCUAUGUAUUUUUGGUCCAGCUUCCCAAAACAUAUCACACUAUGGGACUAAUUUUGAAAUACUGAAAUAAACUUU